AUGGUGGAGUUCAGCAUGAUGAGUUUGGGAACGAGAGAUGUGCAAGCAAGCUCAACAACAAUAAAGGAGAAGAGUGGUGAUUUUGAAGUGAAAAAGACCUACAAUGUUGCUUCACUUGGUGUGCGUGCGUUGGGCAGAGAUCAACUAGUGGUGGCAUGCCACUCGCUGCCGUACCCAUAUGCAAUGUUUUAUUGCCACGUAACAGGGAAGACCAAGGCAUAUACGAUGGUGUUGGAGGGGAAUGAUGGGACGAACGUGGAGGCUAUAGCUGUGCUCAAUGUGAAGUCUGGAAGCGUGCCAGUUCGCCACUUCAUGCCAGAGGAUGAUGUUCUGUGGAAUGUUAGGAAAUAG